UCUCUACCCUCGCCGUGGCCGGCGCUGGCACUGGGAGCGCGGGGUUGGCGUAGCCGACAUCAUGAUGCUGGGGUCCCUGGUGUGGAGAAGGACAGCGUCGGCACCGGGGAUCCUCCUGCGGCUCCUCCGGACCCGGCAGCCCAGGGCCCGCGGGGCCUCCUCGAGCCAAAGCGGGACCGCUGCGAGCUGCAGGGAGACGCAGUAUCUGAGAGCGGCCGCCGGGUGGCGGUCCUUGGCGCAGCCUCAGUAUGUCGGAAAGGUCUCCUGGAGGAGCUGGAACGGGCAGCAGCAGGGCAUCGAGGCGGCCACGUGGGGGCGCCUUUCCGGCCCCGAAGAAAACCCCUGGUCAGGCCGCUGGAGUGGAGCCCCGAACGCGGCCAAACUGGGCAUGUGGGCCUUGGCGUCUGCGCUGGUUGCUCAUUGCUACAGCAAGAGCCCCGCUAAUAAGGAAGCUGCCCUGCUGGAAGCAGCCAGGACCAACAAUGUCCAAGAAGUCAGCAGGCUCCUGUCUGAAGGUGCCAAUGUGAACGCCAGGCACAAGCUAGGCUGGACAGCCCUCAUGGUGGCCGCGAUCAGCAGAAACUACAGUGUCGUGCAAGUCCUGCUGGCUGCAGGGGCUGAUCCCAACCUAGGAGAUGAAUUCAGCAGUGUCUACAAGACUGCAAAGGAGCAGGGUGUCCACUCCCUGGAAGAUAGGGGGAAGGACAAUGCAGACUUGAACAUCUCUUGCCAGUGGACAAAUGCUCUGGAGUUCAGGAGGUGGCUGGGAGCCCCCACUGGUGUCCUGGUGACCCGAGAAGACGACUUCAACAAUAGACUGAACAAUCGGGCCAGCUUCAGGGGCUGUACAGCCUUGCAUUAUGCUGCCCUUGCUGAUGAUUACCGCACUGUAAAGGAGCUGGUGGACGGAGGAGCCAGCCCCUUGCAGAGUAAUGAAAUGGGUCACACACCAGUGGACUAUGCUCGUGAUGGGGAGGUCAUGAAGCUCCUGAAGGCCUCAGAGACCAAGUACCAGGAGAAGCAACGAAAGCGUGAGGCCGAGGAACGUCGCCGCUUCCCUCUAGAGCAGCGGCUAAAAGAACAUAUCAUUGGCCAAGAGAGUGCCAUUGCUACAGUGGGAGCAGCAAUCCGGAGGAAGGAGAAUGGCUGGUACGAUGAGGAACACCCACUUGUCUUCCUUUUCUUGGGAUCAUCAGGGAUAGGGAAAACGGAGCUGGCCAAACAGACAGCCAAGUACAUGCACAAGGAUGGCAAGAAGGGCUUCAUUCGGCUGGACAUGUCUGAAUUCCAGGAGAGGCACGAGGUAGCCAAGUUCAUAGGCUCCCCGCCUGGCUACAUCGGCCAUGAGGAAGGGGGCCAGCUGACCAAAAAGCUAAAGCAAUGCCCCAAUGCUGUGGUACUCUUUGAUGAGGUGGACAAAGCCCAUCCUGACGUCCUCACCAUCAUGCUGCAGCUGUUUGAUGAGGGCCGCCUAACAGAUGGGAAAGGGAAGACCAUUGACUGCAAGGACGCCAUCUUCAUCAUGACAUCCAAUGUGGCCAGUGAGGAGAUAGCCCAGCAUGCCUUGCAGCUGCGCCAAGAAGCCCUGGAGAUGAGCCGAAAUAGGAUUGCUGAGAAUCUCGGGGAUGUCCAGCUGAGUGACAAGAUCACCAUUUCAAAAAACUUCAAAGAGAAUGUGAUCCGGCCAAUCCUAAAGGCCCAUUUCCGGAGGGAUGAGUUUCUAGGCCGGAUCAAUGAGAUUGUCUAUUUCCUUCCCUUCUGUCAUUCAGAGCUUAUCCAACUGGUCAACAAGGAGCUGACCUUCUGGGCAAAGAGAGCCAAGCAGAGGCACGACAUCACACUGCUUUGGGACCGAGAGGUGGCAGAUGUAUUGGUCGAUGGUUACAACGUUCAUUAUGGCGCCCGUUCCAUCCGACAUGAGGUGGAACGCCGAGUCGUGAACCAGCUGGCUGCUGCGUAUGAGCAGGACCUGCUUCCAGGGGGCUGCACCCUAAGAAUCACCGUGGAGGACUCGGACAAGCAGCUCCUGAAGACACCUGAGCAUGCCUCCCCCCAGUCAGAGAAGCGGCCACCCAAGCUUCGGCUGGAGAUCGUGGACAAGGACAGCAAGAGCCGCAAGCUGGACAUCCGGGCACCCCUGCAUCCCGAGAAAAUCUCCUAUACACUCUAGUGCUGGGGAUGGGCCUGGCCCCAAGCCCUCCCCCCAGUGAGGCCCAGCCUGGCUGUACCGCGCCCCCAAAAACAAUAAAAUCCGGUCGGAUGUGGCUCCUGAGACCAGGCCCCCUGAGCCCAGCCCCCAAGGGACAAGGGUGGUGGGUGGAGAAGCUGCUACUACAGGAAACCUUCCUGUCCUUUCAGGUCUAGGGUAGGGACUCUGGAUUUAUUUAUUUGAUUCUUUACCUAGUCUAUCCGUAGCCAGGUUCCAGUUUUCACCCCUAAACAGUCAGGACUCCCAAGAGAGGAAUCUCUUCUCCCCGCUGUUCUCGUAGAGCCACCUCGGGAGGGCCCUGGCUGAUCUCCUUCCUCCAUCCUCCCAUCAUUUGGGGCUCCAAAGGACCAGAGAGAGGGCUGGGAGACGUCCCAUUGUUCCUUCCCCGUCCUCCACUACCACCUGUCCCCCUCGUGGCCCAGAGGUACCAGGGGUGCAGCCAGUGCGGGAGGCUUCCUGGGGACCCCGAGAGAGGCGAGCUGAUGCCCACAGUGCCUAAAGGCCGGCCUUGGGACAGUUAAGUUGCCAGGAAACUCAAGAAUGUGGGGAAAAUUAAUCUGCAGGAUUAAGUCAGCUAGUCCAGGUAGAAUCUUCCCGCUCUGAGCAGUGCCUUCCGCAGAGCUGCCCCUGGGACCAGUGGGCAAAGGGCUCCGUGCCAGCUCAGUGCCCCGGGGGCAGGAAGGCCAGGAUUUACACUGCAUCUGCCCCCAGCCCGAGGGCAGGAGUGGGCAGGUGAGGAGCGUCAGGGACCACUGUGAGCGGGGAGCGAGAUUUGUGUGAGGAGAGAAUCAGUGAGGACGAGAGGAACCGGGCAGGCUUGGGGGGGUUCGGGGUCUGCUCUCUCUCUCCACUUUGGAUCUUCCCGAAAUAAACGUCUUCCAAAUGCA